UGUAAAAGUGAUGAUGAUGAUGAUGAUGAUGAUGAUGAUGAUGAUGAUUACAAGGACCACCGAAGAGCAAGGACUAAGCAAUAUUGCUAAAGCAGGAAACAACAGUGGCGUUUAUUCAUUUCAUUUUCUGCUUGAGCCUUAAUAAAUACUGUUGAUUGAUUGAUUGAUUGAUAGGGACGAGAAUGGAUGCGCUUCCGGAAGAUGGCUAGUGCUUAGCGCGAAAGGGGGCUCUAGUAAGGUAGGACUGCAUCUGGAGGUGAAUCAGCACCAGGAAUUGGGACAGCUUCCACGGUACUCUUCGGCUUGUUUUUUUGCACUAAGUCGCUGUCUCUGGAUUCCGGUGCUGAGGUUGGAUUGUAUUCAGGAGACGUCAGCCGGAACUUUAUUUUAAGAGCAUGCGCAGUUCGCACCCUGGCUCCACCCUUGCUUAGCAGCUGCCCCAGUUUCCACGCCUUUCUCCCUCCCUCAAGCCCUCCCUUCUGCUCAUGCGUCUCAGCCCCGCCUGCGGAGGCUGCGGCGGUGGCGACGUGCUGCGUCAUGGUGUGCUCCUCACCUGGAGACGCUCUGACGACCCCGGAAGUGGGCCGGGGGCUUGGCCGCCGCCCGGCCGCCGAGCCGGAGCAGUGACCCAGAAGCAGGGUGAGGCCCAGCCGAUUGCAGUCUCCCGGGCGAAGCCCGCACCGAGGUUCUCAGGAUGCUGAACGUUCCUUCCCAGGCUUUCCCCGCCCCCGGCUCGCAGCAGCGCGCCGCUUCUGGGGGGCGCAAUAAGGUACCUUUAAAGCAAGGUAGAAGUCUUAUGGAUUGGAUUCGACUGACCAAAAGUGGAAAGGAUCUCACAGGAUUGAAAGGAAGAUUAAUAGAAGUAACUGAAGAGGAACUUAAAAAACACAACAAAAAAGAUGAUUGUUGGGUAUGCAUAAGAGGACUUGUUUAUAAUGUUAGUCCAUAUAUGGAAUAUCACCCAGGUGGAGAGGAUGAACUGAUGAGAGCAGCAGGCUCAGAUGGCACAGACCUUUUUGAUCAGGUACAUCGCUGGGUCAAUUAUGAAUCUAUGCUGAAAGAAUGUCUUGUUGGCAGAAUGGCUGUGAAGCCUGUUGUUGUUGCUAAAGAAAAUCAUGAGAAGAAACUUUUAAAUGGCAUACUUUUUAAAAGCCAAGUACCAGAUUUACCUGCCAAAGAAAUUUCUCCAAGCUAUGAUUGGUUCCAAACAGAAUCCUUAGUCACCAUUGUCAUAUAUACCAAACAGAAGGAUAUGGAUUCAGAGUCUGUAAUAGUUGACUAUCAAGAUGGUUGCUUUAGAGCAGAAAUUGUUAUCAAGGAUUAUUCUUAUCUUCUGCAUACUGAAUUGAGCCAUGAAAUUCAAGAGGACAUUACUGUGCAUGUUGCAGAAAAAACGGGUAAAGUAGAAAUUGUUCUGAAGAAAAAAGAUAAUGUUUCUUGGAAGUAUCUUGGACAUCCUCUGGAGAAUCAUAAUUCAUUUACUACACACAGAGAAACAGUGGGAAAGCCCCUUAAAACAACUUGGACUUCAAUUCCUGGAAACUACAUUUAUGUUUCACUGGAAGUAGAAGGGCUAUACUAUAGAAAGUGCCAGCUGAUCUCCAAAGUGGAUGUUACCCAUGAUACCAAACUUUACUGCUUGAUGCUGCCACCAGGUACUCAUCUUCAGGUGCCUAUUGGGCACCAUGUUUACCUCAAGCAAACUGUUACAGGUACAGAAAUAGUGAAACCGUAUACACCUGUAUUAGAGACCUUACAUUCAAAUUUAAAGGAAUCACUUCAUCCUAAUAACAAAUAUAUCUAUAUUAUGAUUAAAAUCUAUCACACUGGACUUUUCACACCAUAUUUUAAUUGUCUUCAAAUAGGAGAUUGUGUUUCUUUGAGUAAUCCUGAGGGCACCUUUAAAAAAUCUCAGCUCCAAGAAUUAGAAGAACUCUUCUUAGUGGCAGCUGGAACAGGCUUCACACCAAUGAUUAAAAUAUUGAAUUAUGCUUUGACUAAUAUAACCAAUCUCAGGAAAGUGAAGCUGAUGUUCUUCAAUAAGACAGAAGGAGAUAUCCUUUGGAGGAACCAAUUGGAGCAGCUAGCAGACAAGGAGAGAAGAUUUGAAGUUGAAUUUGUUCUCUCAGAGCCCACCUGUGAAUGGACAGGCAAACAGGGAAGAAUUUCAUUACCUCUUCUUUCGGAAUUUGUAAAAAGAAGCUUGGAAGACUCUAGAGUCCUUAUCUGCAUUUGUGGGCCAGCAUUAUUCACAGAACAAGGAAUAAGAUUACUGAAGGAUCUUAACUUUUCUCAAGAAGAGGUCCAUGGUUUUACUGCAUAUUGAAGAACUCCUGCAGGAUCUUGCCAAAUUUAUGUAGCUGUUUCUGAGUGCUUGGAUUUUUUUUUUUUUUUUUUUUAAGAAAACCUUUUUUUAUACACAUGAUAAGAUGGUGACUACAAGGCCAGUCUUAGGACUUCUUCAGUGAUAUGCAAUCAUUUUUGCAGUAACAUCAUUGGUCAGGCUUUAUCUUGGCAUCUCAACUGAUUUUACUAGUAUUGUUGGCUUUUCAUCUGGAUAAAGUUCAUCAUGGAGACAGUAUUUAUGGCUCUAGAUGAAAAAUGUUACAGAAUCACUUUUAAACGAUUCACUGUUCUACUGUAAGCCCCUCUUAUAAGUAUUUUAUGAUUCAUGAUGUGAUAAAUGGUCACUUUGAUCACAUUUCUAUGCUGUAAAAUGUCUUCUUAGCAAUACAGUCUGAAUUUUACAUUGCACUGUUAACUCAGGAAAUGAUCACUUAGGUUCUUGUUAUUAGUUUUAAACCAUUGAAUGCCAUGACUUAUUAAUUGAUACAAACAAGAUUUUUUUAAUGUAUGUGACAUUGAUACAAAGUAGAAUAAAAUUACAUGUAGAUAUUUUUUAAAUUCUUGUUGGAAAUGUGAUGAAUGUAGCAAGGCUGGACCUCCAGCUCUAAAAUCCAGUGUCCUUCUCUGUAUAACUUUAGAUCUAGAAGGGAAUAGAAAUCAUCAGAUCCAAACUUUAUUUUACAGAUGAGGAAACACAGACCCAGAGAAAGUAAAAGUAAAUAAUUUUCCCAAGGUCAUAAAGCUAGUUAGUAUAUGGUGGUUGGGACUUAGAAAACAGGUCCCCGGAUGAAUGCUGUAGCAUUAAGAAGGAUUCGGGCUAUUUUGAAUUUUGGGUAAACCUUUGUGAAAAUACUUGUUUGUAUGAUAGGGAAAAUAACUCAAAUUAAAUGAUAGUAUAAGAAGAGGUGCCACUUUAACCAAAAUCAAAUGAAAAACUCUGUUAAAUCAGCACAGAGAAUAUAAGGGAUCAGCCAGAAAAAAAAAGGAAAAGAAAACAUUUGAAAGGUUGUUCCUUUGGGAGAAUAGACAGGACUGAGAAGGGGUGGGGGGGAGGGAAGAAGAAAUGUGGAUUAGAAGUGAGUUAAGUUCUAAUACUUUAUUUUGAGACUGGUUGGCUGUCUGGUUUUAUAAGGAACACUGUGUAACUACUUUGUUCAUUGCUAGUCAUUCUUCUCUUUACCUCCUAGUGGGGAAAUUCCUGAGUUAGUAUGUUGAUAGUUUAUUCUUCCUCUUAACCAGAUCUUCAUCCGCUUCCAUGGGAGGCAUGUAGAAAAUGCUGGCAAGAUAGCUAAAAUGAAGUUCACAUGGAUGCAUGAUUUUAUUUAAUGCUGAGUAAAGAGGUCAAAUAGCCAAAGUGAUUUGGAUUUUUUUCAGGUUAACUUAUUAUAAUAGCAUCAUGCUGGAUAUUGUUUUCAUAGAUCUAAGGUAAAAUAAAGUCCAAAUUAAUUUUACAAAAUUUUGUAACCAGAUAAGUGAUCCUGUGGCCUAGAAUUAUACCUUAUCCUCCAAAUCCUCAUUGAUAUACCCUAAAUUGAGAAGGGAUGGAAAUGAAUGAAAUCCUGAAUUUUAUUGUACCUCCCUCUAAACUAAUUGUAUGAUGUGUGACGUAAACUUUUUCAAAAGUUGUUUUUCCUCAUCUAUAAAAUCAGUUUAUUUUAAGGUC